AUGCCGGACCUCGGAAACCUCUCUCUCUCAGCUUCUCUAACCCUCACGACCUCCCCUAACUUCAAAUUGCUCACUGAUUCACCCGAACAGAGCUUGGUCAAAAACCUAGGCCUUGACUGCGAUUGGGACCAGAGGUUGAGGUUCGCCACUCUGCACAAUGCCGAGGUCAGCACUGGCGCUGCAAUCAGGGUUUUCCGGCGGAGCCGGCCAUUGGUGGACAGAUCGAAGAAGAUCUCCAGCGGCAAGAGUUUGGAGGACAAUGUGCUCGAAUGGGUUAACAACAGAGUGGAAUUGGGCAUUCCUGAGUCGCGGUGCUCGUUGCCGUUUCUUGACGGCGCAAAGAAAUUGGUUGAGUGUCUUGUUUGCCAUUAUUAUGUCUACCCUGGGGAGGAGGUCGUAUGCUCUGUUCGUGGUUGUCAAGGAGUGUAUCAUGGGAAAUGUGUGAAGGAAAGGCUUCGAAUCUCUAAUAUGAAAAAGUUCAAGUGUCAGCAACAUGCAUGCUUCAUUUGCAGACAGAGGGUAGAUUGGCGGUGUAUGCGAUGCCCUAUAGCGUCACAUGAUAAAUGUGCAGCUUGGCCGGAUGGAGUAAUUUACUUGAAAGACCGGCCAGGGAAGGCUGUUUGUUGGAGGCAUCCUACAGAUUGGCGGCAAGAUAGGAAGCAUGUGGUUUCGACAAGCAGUAUAGAGGAGGUAUUCUGUCGCUUGCCUCUGCCUUACACUGAUGAGGAGUUCAAGAUUGACUUGACUUGGAAAGAUACGGAUAUUAAAUUAGAGCCACCUCCAUAUGUGCACAUCAGGCGUAAUAUUUACCUAGUCAAGAAGAAGCGUGAUGGCAGUGAUGAUGAUGUUGGAUGCACAUGUCGCACUUCCACAUGCUCUGAGGAUUGUGUUUGCAGGGGUCAAUGCAUAAGCUGCUCAAAGGCUUGCCAUUGCUCAGAAAAUUGCUCAAACCGACCGUUUCGCAAGGAGAAGAAGAUCAAAAUCGUAAAGACUGAACACUGCGGUUGGGGAGCAGAGGCAGCUGAAUCUAUUAAGAAAGGCGAUUUUAUAAUUGAGUACAUUGGGGAAGUUAUUGAUGAUGCUUUGUGCGAACGAAGGCUUUGGGACAUGAAGUACAAAGAGGUGCAGAAUUUCUAUAUGUGUGAAAUUCGAAAAGACUUUACAAUUGAUGCAACUUUCAAAGGAAAUCCAUCUCGAUUUUUGAACCACAGCUGUGAUCCCAACUGUGUCCUUGAAAAGUGGCAAGUUGAGGGUGAAACACGGGUGGGUGUGUUUGCUGCAAGAUCAAUAGAAGUUGGAGAGGCAUUAACAUACGAUUACAGAUUUGUGCAAUUUGGACCCGAGGUGAAGUGCCAUUGUGGUGCUCCAAAUUGUCAAGGCUACCUUGGAAGCAAGAGAAAGAUUAAUAAGGUGGAACUUUGCUGGGGUUCAAAACGCAAAAGAACAUCAACUGCUUGCAUAGCUAUCAUUACUCAAUGA